CAUCAUAUCACCUCCCGUUACCAUCGGAUCAGUAUCAAAGAGUGCUUCUGAAGUGUAUCAAGUGACACUGCGGGCAUAAAGUAGAUAAAUAUUUUGCUACAAUGGAUCUUCGAAGGUUUAUUUUUAUUUGUUUGUGUUUUUUACGGGCAAACGCCCAAUUCUACCACUACAACAUAUUGACAAGAGUUAUCCAAGGCGUCCCGACGAGUAUAGCCCACUAUCCGAUCAUGGCCCAACUGCUGCUGGACGCGUGGGGCACGCAGGAUUACGUGCAGCAUUGUGCUGGUGUCAUACUGACGUCACGGCAUGUGCUGUCUGCUGCUCACUGCUUCCAAUACAACGCUAAUACUGGAAGGAAUUAUACCAUGCCGAAGUAUUGGAAGAUUCGAGUUGGUUCCACGUACCGCACUGGUGGAGGUGCGCUCCAUAAUAUAAAAACUAUAAUACCACACAAAGAUUUCGACAAAUUCUUCUACACAAACGACGUCUCUGUCAUUGUGGUGGCUAAACAAUUUUCUUUUAACAGCAAUGUGAAACAGGGCUCUAUUAUAAAGCAAGGAGUAGAGAUCAAACCUGAUUCCCUUUGCACCCUCGUCGGAUGGGGAGUUUUAGAGACCGACGGCCCUCAACCCGAACAAUUGCAGCACACGAAUCUCUACACAAUCGACCAAAAAAUUUGCGCAAUGCGAUAUAACACAAUCGGUGCGGUUAUUCAAGACUCCAUGAUGUGUGCUGGCCGUGUAGAUGCUGGGGGCCCAGAUGGAUGUUUUGGGGACUCUGGUGGACCUCUCCUAUACAAAGGCUUGGUUGUAGGCAUCGUGUCCUUCGGAUAUUCCUGUGGUCAUCGAUACUAUCCUGGAGUUUAUACAAAAGUAUCUCAUUACACUAACUGGAUUUUGAGAACUGUUAAUUCGAAUAAAUAA